AUGGGCAACGUGUCCUCAAUACUCAGUGAAGUUUCUACCCGGUCAAGAUCUAAAUUGCCAUCAGGCAAGAAUAUUCUUGUUUUUGGUGAUGAUGGUUCAGGUAAAACCACACUUAUGGCUAAAAUACAGGGAGCAGAGCAUGGCAAGAAAGGAAGAGGGCUGGAAUACUUGUAUCUAAAUAUUCACGAUGAAGACAGGGAUGAUCACACUCGCUGUAAUGUUUGGAUUCUGGAUGGAGACUUAUACCAUAAAGGGCUGUUGAAGUUUGCAGUUUCUGCAGAAUCCCUGCAAGACACCAUUGUAGUCUUUGUUGCAGAUAUGUCUAGACCUUGGACUGUUAUGGAGUCUUUACAGAAAUGGGCCAGUGUCUUGCAAGAACAUAUUGAUAAGAUGAAAAUUCCUCCAGAAGAGAUGAGAGACAUGGAACAGAAGUUUAUAAAGGAGUUUCAAGAGUAUGUAGAACCUGAAGAAGGCUACCAAGGAUCACCGCAGAGAAGAGGCCCUUCUUCUGGCCAAGAGGAUGAACAUGUUUCUUUGCCACUUGGAGAAAAUGUGCUGACUCACAACCUUGGUAUUCCUGUGCUGGUAGUUUGUACAAAAUGCGAUGCCGUGAGUGUACUAGAGAAGGAGCAUGAUUACAGAGAAGAACACUUCGACUUCAUUCAGUCACACAUUCGUAGAUUCUGCUUACAGUAUGGGGCUGCCUUGAUUUAUACAUCAGUUAAGGAGGAAAAGAACCUUGAUCUGUUGUAUAAGUACAUUGUACAUAAAACAUAUGGUUUUCAGUUUACCACACCUGCCUUAGUGGUAGAAAAGGAUGCAGUUUUUAUACCUGCCGGUUGGGACAAUGAAAAGAAAAUUGCCAUUUUACAUGAAAACUUCACAACAGUGAAACCAGAAGAUGCAUAUGAGGACUUCAUUGUAAAACCUCCUGUAAGAAAGUUAGUGCAUGAUAAAGAGCUGGCAGCAGAAGAUGAACAAGUAUUUCUGAUGAAGCAGCAGUCAUUCCUUGCCAAACAGCCAGCAACGCCUACAAGAGCAUCAGAAUCUCCUGCAAGAGGCCCUGCAGGUUCCCCAAGAACUCAAGGCAGAGCUGGUCCCGCCAAUGUACCCAGUGCCUCACCAAUCACAUCAGUUAAGAAACCAGAUCCAAAUAUUAAAAAUAAUGCUGCAAGUGAAGGUGUCUUGGCUAGUUUUUUUAACAGUCUCUUGAGCAAAAAGACUGGCUCUCCUGGGAGUCCUGGUGCUGGAGGAGUGCAAAGUACAGCCAAGAAAUCAGGACAAAAAACAGUUUUGACAAACGUUCAAGAGGAAUUGGAUAGGAUGACUCGCAAGCCAGACUCUAUGGUAACAACAAACUCUCCUCCAACAGAGAACGAAGCUUGAUAGCGUAUAAAAAAUUGCAUAUGUAAAUGACCAAAUAACUAUGUAUAUUGAUCUGAUAAGACCAGGAAUUUUCUGCUAUGGCAGAUGCUAUCAGUUUUCUUGGGGCAGGGGAAAUGAGCUUACUACAUCAUUGCCUUGUCCCAGUAAAAAGUGCACAUUCAGGAAGUUUGCAUAUAAAAUCCCUCUGUAUAAGAUAACCAUUUAGAGUUUAUAUAGGGCAAUUCUUUUGGUUUUGGAGGUAAGCAGGUGCAGCUGCAUUUCCUGUUGUGAAGAACAUAGAGAAGCAAAAUGGAGAAUUCUUACUAAAAUACUACUACUGACUGCACACAAGGCAAGAAAGAGAAACGAACUCCUAUUUCAGAGUUACUGGAAUUGGCUACUUGUAUGUUUGCAAAUGCGUUAUAUUCUUGGAAAGGUGGUGGUGAUGGUGGUGGUGUAACAGAGCAUUAAUGAGGUGAAAGAAGCCUAGGUAGGGAGUGGAGCCCUAAAUGGGGAAGCAGAUUUGGGACAGUGAGAAACUAGAAUGUUGGAUUGACUGGAGAGGAGCAAUGUUGUUAAAUCCUGUGUUUCACAUAGGGUAAAUAAUCACUGUUUUAAAAAGACUACUUUACAUUGGAGAAUUCCAGGCCAAACACUAAGCAUCAUGGGAAUUUAUUCUUGUUAUAAAUCUUGUUUUAGUUU